UUUUUCUUCGAGAUAAACUUUAGUGAAGGCUUUCUCUUUUUAUGCCCUUCUGUCCUGUCUGGCUUCUGCAGUAUCGACAACGUAUUUGUUAACCACACAUGUCAUGAACGACCAGUGAAACGGAACGCGCUUCACUCUCGCCUGCUCCAAGGUGCCGGUAACGAGCGCACCCGAGCAUUCUCGAUCGGGCCGAAGCUUGUCGGCCCAGCGGCGUCGUCAAGUUCGUGCGGCGGCGCUGUCGCGUCCGGACAACCCUCGCCCUACAGCGCAUUCCUGGAGAAAGGCGACCCUCAUGCAGGACCACAGUCGAAGGCUUUCAAGGCCAUUGCCGGUCCUAGCGCUGCUACUGAGCGUGCUCAUGUGCUACUUGAUCGUGAGCGAAUGGGGUUGGAGGUCAGGCACGUCGUAUUCGAAACAAACCACAGAAACCUGGACAGACAGCGUGCCCCCAGAGACGGCAGGGUUCUCCCGAAUCUUCUUCCUCGAAACCGGAGGCCUCGGUUCCCUCACAGCACGCAUCUCCUGCGCGGUUGAAUCGGCGGCGAGGGUGCAUCCUCACUGGACAGUCUACCUUCUGGCCGCGGCCAGUGGAUAUGCGUCACAAAGAAACGUCACCUUCGCAGGUCCUUUCGCUCAAGUGCUCAGGUCCAUUCCGAACGUCGUCGUCGACGUCGUCAGGCCAAACGAGGUGUUCCAGGGGACGCCUCUUGAGUCGUGGUACGAGUCUGGGAUCCUGAGCCAGAGCGCCUACCCCGUGGAGCACCUGGCCGAUGCUCUCAGGCUGGCGGUGUUGUACAAGCAAGGUGGCGUGUACCUCGACAUCGACGUCAUCGUGAUGCGAUCCCUGGACUCGCUGCCACCUUGCGUCUGCCAGUCGCCUGUGGAGAAUGGCGACAUGGUGAGCAACGGCUUCUUGGCCUUUCGCCGAGGUGAUCCCUUUCUGCUGUACCUGAUGCAACGCGUAUGCGAGGUGUACAGGCCGAAAGAGUGGAGCUCCAUUGGACCCAAGCUGCUGCGGCGGGUAACACUGGCUCGAUGCGGGGCCCGACAGGUGCAAGCGCUGCUCGGACGCCGAUGUGGCGGCGACACGGGCUUCACGGUGCUGCCCCACUGGAUGUUCCUGCCAGUGCCUUACGACCGGUGGCAAUCGUUCUUCGUCGCCAAUGCUAGUCGUGAGGCCUGGAUCAUGUCCUCCGCGAGCUACGUCAUGCACGUCUACAACAAGAUGAGCUCGAAGGCGCCUGCAGUGCCUGGCUCCGCAUACAGGCAGGCGGCCGAGACCUACUGCCCAGACAGUUUACGGCUGUCGUUGCAAAUCCAGGGCACCUUCUGACGUUGUUAUCUGGGAACUGGAAUCUAGCGUUUUGUAUGCGCCAUGACUUGCAGGCCCAUAGGAAAGUGGCUGAGGGCUUCUGCGCAGGCAAUAGUUUCAUACAAACUUACUAACCUGGGGAAAAGUAGCUCUGCAAUCGCUCCAUUACCAUAGAAAUAUUUAUUUAUUAUUUAUUUAUUUAUUAGUACUGCAAUCCCCUCUUUGAGGUUUUAGCAGGUUGUACGUAUUAUACACAAAUGCAAUCAUAAGCCAAAUAUGCCCAAACGAACAAACAAUAUAACUUGCAAUAAGCAUGGCUAAUGACAUCAUAACAUAGCGUUUAAGGCAAAUAGUCUAAACUCAAUACAAAUGAUGUUAGUGUUGGCGCCAUUACUGCGCUAUCAUCAGCAGACUAUCCUUAUGUCCAUCGGCAGGAGGAAGGCGACUUCCAGCGACCCCUGUGUUGCGCUCCCCUGUCCUGCGCUAUAGCUGAUUACAACUUGCGCCUGCAAGUUUCCUCAUCACCUCACCUAGUUUUCUGCCUUCCUCGACUGAGCUUCCCUGCCCUGGCACCUAUAUACUGUAACUUUAAUGGUCCUACGGUCAACUGCCUUGCGCAUUACAUGACCUGCCUAAUGUUUAAUGCGCAAAAAAAAAAGAAAUGAAACCACACACAGCACUCGAGAGAGGACAACGGGACAGAGCGCCACUCACAACUACUUUAUUUUCACAGAAGACACGUACUGUACAUAUACACCCUCAGUCAGCGCCUGCGCAACAAGCACACUCAAACAUCAAGCACGGUAAGAAAAGGCUCUUUCAACAAACUUUUUUCUCAGACUUAUACAACGAUAACGACGUUUCACUAACACACAAGCUACCUUUCUUAUCAAUAUAAAGUGUUUCCAUUUUUUCUAAUAUGCUUUGGUAUAUUAGGGCCCUAUUUAUUUUGCUCAUCGUUUCGUUCAUGUUCCCAGAUACCCUCAUUUACACAGCGCCCAAUCUGUCUUCUAUAGGAACAACCACAGGAGAGGGAAAUUUCAUACACUAACCUUUUGGCACAUUUUAUGAACUGUCGCCCAUGCUUGAUUCCGCAGCCUCUUUCCUUUUCCUUUCCUUUUUCUAUCCGAGAUCAAAGGCCUAGGAGCUGUAAAAAACGAGCGGAACACCAUGCCUGCUCGCUACCUUCUUCGAACUGUGGGACAACUUGUGCACAUAUGGCCCGACCACCGGUCUCAUCUCGUCUUGAGGGACCUCAGCCCCAGCUCUCACAGCCCUUCUUUUCAUUUUUUACAAGAGGCUUUCCGCAACCCCCUCACAAGCGAACCAGGGAACCCAGCUGAAGCCAGCCUGGCCAAUUGGUUUUCGAAACUCAUAUGCAUCUUGUGAAUACAAAACUUCCUGAGCGCGGAUUCAAGAGAGAGUGGAGCAAUUCCACAUUUUAUUAGUUUGGAAUGGGAAGAGCCGAAUGGCAGAAGCCCUUUAUUUGCACGCGCCAAAACCACAAUCUGAUUAUGAGGCGCGCCGUAUACCGAGGGACUCCGGAUUAAGCUUGA